GGCAGCUCAAUGUAUCACAAGGAAAAGAGCAUCCAGAUUAAAAACAGCGCAUCAGCGCUGUACAACAACCUGGGCGUGCUGCGCAUCGCACCGAGGCGCCUCACCUACUUCGCGGUGGUCCAUGCUAACGUGGUCAACAUGAUCAGCGCGUCUUGGGACGGCCUCAACUACUCCCACCGUCAGCUGCAAUCCAAGGAACCCAACGUUGCUACAAGCACAUCGCUCAUCAUGCAGGCAGCCUUCUGUGGUCUGCCAUCCCGAGAUCUGCUUGUAGUGACCUCUCAGAAGGGCAUCCAGAUGUAUGAGUCAGAUGGCUCGAUCAUGGUGUACUGGCAUGCACUGGACACACCAGAAACACCCACAGCUAGCUCCCGUUCACUCACUGAUCCCAUUUCUGUCCCAGCACAGGCAGUGUUUGCUCGGGGAAUUUCAGCCGUGCCUGAUAAUUACAUCUGUGUGGGUGUUUCUUCAGGUGCAAUUUUAGUAUUUGAUGUCCCCAGUAAAGGAAGCAAUAUUACCCUGUCUGAGGUUCUGGAGGAGCACAAAGAAUCCAUCACUGAUGUGGCUUCAGAGUGUUCUGGCAGCCAGGAAUGCAUAGCUAAUCUGGUUUCUGCAGAUGAUGGGGGCAACCUGUGUGUGUGGAAGUCUGGGGAGGAAUUUCAACUCCUUAACAAGAUUCCUGGCUUUGACAUGACCUGCUCGUCUGUCAAGUUAUGGAAAGGUACGGCGGUGGCGGGUUAUGGUACGGGCCAGAUCCGUCUCUACGAAGCAGUGACGGGAAUUCUGCAUGCUGAGAUUAACGCUCAUGCUCGCUGGAUCUACUCAUUGGACAUUGCUCCCUUUUCUGGACUGCUUCUGUCUGCUGCAGAAGACUCAUUUGUUAGAGUGUGGCACCUGGCCAUGACACCAGAGACCAACAGCAUGGAGGUUGCCCAUUUGCAUAAUGAGUGUGUGACCGACACACAGAUUUGUGGCGCUAAAUUCUGUGAUGGUGAUGGCUAUGCUUUUGUAGUUACCGGCUACGAUCUGAGUGAGAUCAUCCGCUUUGUACAGUCAUAGCUCUUAAUUAUUGUUAAGCCACAUGUAUAAAUGGUAUGUAUUUUGAUAUGCUAGGUUUUUAAUAUUAUUAUAUAACAAAGUGUUGCUAACUGUCGAAAUACUUUGUAAAUGUAUUAUCUAUAAAAUCAAGCAGGUGUAGUUUUUUAAAAAGUGCUGAUAUAUAUAAUUUAUGCUUGGAACAGCAUUAAAUUUGUCAUAUAGAAUGA